AUGGAAAGACUUCCAUGUGUGCUCUUCACCAUAGCACCAGUCCUCGUAGCUUUGCUCAUCCUCCUACGUCCCUCUAUGGGCCUAAACGCCGAGGGCUACCACCUUCUGCGAAUGAAGACUAAACUGGUCGACCCAUAUAACCAUCUGGGCAAUUGGAAUUCUAGUGACGCAACACCUUGCCGGUGGGUGGGUGUGAACUGCACUACCGGCCACAAUCCGGCGGUGGUCUGUCUUCAACUCAACUCCAUGAACCUUUCAGGAACUCUGUCUCCCAGUAUUGGCGAAUUGCUUCACCUGAAACACCUUGAUCUCUCUGAUAAUGCUUUGUCUCAUACCAUUCCCAUAGAGGUUGGAAACUGCACAAGCCUGGAAUUUCUGCUUCUGCAUGAUAAUCAACUUCAAGGCCAAAUCCCCAUUGAAAUUGGAAAGCUUUCUUCCUUGUCAAAGUUGGUCUUGCACUCAAACCAGCUUACGGGACCUCUGCCGCGGUCGCUCGGGAAUCUCAAGAACUUGACAGCGAUUCUAGCAGGUAAUAAUCUGAUUUCUGGAAGCAUACCGGCAGAGAUAGGUGGAUGUGAGCGGUUGAGUAUUCUGGGUCUUCCCCAGAAUCAGCUGAGUGGGAAAUUGCCCAAGGAGCUUGGAUUGCUCAAGGAAUUGACAGCUUUGAACCUGGUGGAGAAUCAGCUUUCUGGGUUGGUGCCCAAGGAGCUUGGUAACUGCACAAGUUUAGAAUAUCUUUAUUUGUAUGAGAACAAUCUUGAGGGCAACAUACCCUGGGAGCUUGGGAAACUCAAGUCACUCAAGAAUUUAUACCUUUACAGAAAUGGAUUAAAUGGAACUAUACCAAAAGAGAUUGGGAAUCUUUCGUUAGCAGUAGAAGUUGAUUUGUCAGAGAACUUUUUGGAGGGACAGAUACCAGCAGAGUUCAGCAAGAUAAGUGGGCUAAAACUCCUCUAUCUAUUCAAUAACCAGCUUUUGGGUUCGAUACCGGAAGAACUCGGCAACUUGAAGAAUUUGGUUCAGCUCGACCUCUCGAUAAAUAAUCUCACAGGUGGUGUGCCUCUUGGUUUCCAAUAUUUGAGUAAACUGGACAGAUUACAACUCUUCCGCAACUCGCUGAGUGGCAGUAUCCCUCAGGGGCUGGGGUCGUAUGGCAUAUUUUGGGUGCUCGAUUUGUCAGAGAACUACUUCACAGGAAGCAUUCCCCACCACAUUUGCAGAAACUCUAGUUUGGAACAACUGAACUUGGGGUCCAAUAAUCUCACAGGAACCAUCCCAAGAGGACUUGCAAACUGCAGAAACUUGGUGCAUCUUUGCCUGGACCGGAACAGUCUUCAGGGGAGUUUCCCGUCUGAUCUGUGCAGACUGAAACACUUCUCUGCCCUUGAACUGGACCGGAACAUGUUCACAGGCCCUAUUCCUCCCGAGAUUGGCAACUGCAGAGCUUUGCAGAGGCUUCACCUUUCACACAACUACUUCACUUCCCAGUUGCCUAAAGAGAUUGGAUAUCUUUCCAAGCUGGGGACUUUCAAUGUCUCCUCCAAUUCACUCACCGGACGGAUACCACCUGAGAUUUUUAACUGUACUGGGCUUCAACGGCUCGAUCUUAGUAGAAACAAUUUCGUCGAUGUCUUAUCAAAGGAGAUCGGUACUCUUUCCCAGCUGGAGCUUUUUAAGCUUUCAGAAAACAAGCUCUCUGGUGGUAUACCCGUUGCCUUGGGGAACCUCUCUCACUUGACAGAACUACAAAUGGGCGGAAACCUAUUUUCGGGCAGAAUACCGCCGGAGCUAGGGGCACUUUUAAGCCUGCAGAUUGCAUUGAACCUCAGUCAUAAUAGCCUCACUGGUGCAAUCCCUCCUGAGCUUGGAAAUCUUGUUUUACUGGAAUUCCUAUUACUCAACAACAACCACUUAACUGACAGAAUCCCGGGUACCUUUAGGAACCUCUCCAGUUUAAUUGGCUGCAAUUUUUCAGACAAUGAUCUAUCUGGACCUAUUCCCUCGUUACCGCUCUUCCAGAGCAUGGAUGUCGGCAGCUUCAUUGGAAACAAGGGACUUUGCGGGAGACCUCUCGGUGCCUGUGACAAAUCUGCAUCAUCUCUUCUCCCAAAUGCCAAAGGAGAAAAACGCCAUUUAGGCAAAACCAUAGCAAUAAUCGCAGCAGCCGUCGGAGUGAUCUCUGUUGUACUAAUUGUAGCCAUUUUAUGUUUCCUAAGGCGACCAGAAGCCAACAUGAGCGCACCUUCACAGGAUUACGGCGAAGCAUCCUCUCAUGUUUCUGAUGUGCACUUUCCCCUGGCAGAAGAAUUCACGAUCGAAGACCUCAUCGAAGCCACUGACAAUUUCGAUGAAAGUUUUGUCAUCGGAAGGGGUGCUUCUGGAAUAGUUUAUAAAGCAGUAAUGCCUACCGGCCGCACAGUUGCUGUCAAGAAGCUAGCAUCUAGCAGAGAAGGAAAUGACGCUCUAGACAGCAGCUUCCGCGGUGAGAUUUUAACUUUGGGACAGAUUAGGCACAGGAAUAUUGUAAAGCUAUAUGGAUUUUGUCACUACCAAGGCUCCAAUCUUCUUCUGUAUGAAUACAUGGCGAAUGGUAGUUUGCGGGAACUGCUUCAUGGAGCUGGUGGUUCAGAAGAACCGUUUCAUGGCGCAUCCCACAUUCAUAAUUGGCAGACACGGUUUUCGAUUGCCCUUGGAGCUGCAGAGGGUCUUGCUUAUCUGCACCAUGAUUGCAGGCCUCAGAUUAUUCACCGCGAUAUAAAGCCCAGUAACAUUCUCCUUGACGAAUACUUCGAAGCUCAUGUCGGAGAUUUCGGAUUAGCAAAAGUAAUUGACAAGCCACAUUCAGAAUCCAUAUCUGCAGUUGCCGGAUCUUAUGGCUACAUUGCUCCAGAGUAUGCGUACACCAUGAAAAUUACAGAAAAAGGUGACAUCUAUAGCUAUGGGGUUGUUCUAUUGGAGUUGUUAACUGGGAGAACUCCAGUGCAGCCAUUAGGACAAGGAGGCGACCUCGUUACAUGGGUGAGAAAUUAUGUUGAAAGUCACUCAUCAGUAUCAGGGAUGCUUGAUCCUCGAUUAAAUCUGCAGGAUGAAAACACCGUCAAACACAUGAGUGAUGUCUUCAAUAUUGCAUUAAGGUGCACAAGUAUGCUUCCUUCUGACCGUCCGACAAUGCGCGAACUUGUGUCGAUGCUAAUUAACUCUAACGAGAGGGAAACACAUUUUGGUUCAUCUUCAAGUACUCAUGAUCAAACUUGGGAAAUUGAAUCAUAA